GUCAGGGUAUUUGAAUUUGCACAAGAAAGAUCCAACCAUGUCGGACGCGGUGGUUAGUUUCAUGAAGGACUUUUUGGCCGGUGGCAUUGCCGCUGCCAUCUCCAAAACAGCUGUUGCUCCCAUUGAGAGAGUCAAGUUGUUGCUGCAGGUCCAGCAUGCCAGCAAACAGAUCACCGCAGAGAUGCAGUACAAGGGCAUCAUGGACUGUGUGGUAAGGAUCCCAAAGGAACAGGGCUUUAUUUCCUUUUGGAGAGGCAACCUGGCCAACGUGAUCCGUUACUUCCCAACCCAAGCCCUCAACUUCGCCUUCAAAGACAAGUACAAGAAGAUCUUCCUCGGUGGUGUGGAUCAAAAAACACAGUUCUGGCGUUACUUCGCUGGUAAUCUCGCAUCUGGCGGUGCAGCUGGGGCGACUUCGCUCUGCUUCGUCUACCCUCUCGACUUCGCCAGAACAAGACUCGCUGCCGACAUCGGCAAGGGCAAUGCUGAGAGAGAGUUCACCGGUCUUGGAAAUUGCCUCAGCAGGAUCUACAAAACCGAUGGCCUUAAGGGUCUUUACCUCGGAUUCAACGUGUCAGUGCAGGGUAUCAUCAUCUACAGAGCGGCCUACUUCGGAUGCUUCGACACAGCUAAAGGUAUGCUGCCUGAUCCCAAGAAUACGCACAUCUUCAUCACCUGGAUGAUCGCCCAGACUGUCACCGCUGCAGCUGGUAUCGUGUCAUACCCCUUCGACACCGUCAGACGUCGUAUGAUGAUGCAGUCUGGACGCAAAGGAGCUGACAUCAUGUACAAGGGCACAAUGGACUGCUGGAAGAAGAUCCUUAAGGAUGAGGGAGGAAAAGCCUUCUUCAAGGGUGCCUGGUCCAACGUGAUCAGAGGCAUGGGUGGUGCCUUUGUGUUGGUGCUGUACGACGAGAUCAAGAAGUACACAUAAACUGUCUAAUCUCACAGUCCCCAAGGAAACACAUCACUUUGUUUAAGUCUUACUUAUUGUGAUAGAGUGAUAACAGCUUGUGGUGAAUAACAAUGUGGGCAUGUACUGUACAAGUAGCUAUACUUGACCUGGGUUAACAUGCCUCCUCAGAAACCUGUAUAUAUCCUAUCUACGACGCACAAACAGCUCUCUCAGUGUGACAAAGUCAAGUCGGUAUUUCAGUGGAGAUGUUUUAAAGAUGCAAGAUAUGACGCUACUACUUGUCAUAUGCCAGUAAGCCAGUUGGUAAAGCAGUUGCUGAGGCCCAUGUUUCAUUAUGUUGUGACCACUCUGACCCAUGUA